ACUGACCCAGCAGGGGCUUGAGCCAGCAACCUUCUUGCUGUGGGGUGACAGUGCUAGCCACCGUGUUGCCUACUUAAGUAUGCCUAAAAAUGAGGAUUUAGCCUUUCUGCAAAGACAACAAAACAUUGUCAAAACAUUGUAUCACCUGUUCACUGACAUACUCUUAAAAUCUGAUCAUUAAAGACAUAUCAUCAGUUCUUUUUAUUUUGGAUUUUGAGACUCGUGACCUCAAGUGGGCCCGGAUAAGCGAAAGAACAUGACUUUCUGAGACUGAUGCGUUUGACUACAGAUAACAAUCUUUAGGAGGUUCACAUGCAGUAAGACAAAGGUCAAGAAUUUACAAACCAAGCUUCAGAAAGUCAAUAAUAUCCCGAACCUUUGUUUAUAUGUCUUGUAAACAGGACUUUGCUUUAGUCGUGUCACUUCUGCAUCACUUAAUCACACAGUAAAAAGAUCAACAUCCUUUUCAGUCAAAUAAGUAUUAUUAGCAGAAUCAGACAAUUGUUUUUGCUUUUUUCUACCUAUGUGUGGUUAUCAGAUACUGGCUUUAGCAGUCACAUCCUGUGCUGUGAGCCUUUUAACCACAUUAACACCCAGGUCCCACUUAGUCUUUAUACAUUUCCCGCACAUUGCCAAGUGAAAGUACAUCAAGAAGGACAUUCGAAAAUGCAACUGUGACAUUAAAAAAAAACCUCAGUUUUAUCUUUGAAUGUCUUAUAAUUAAAGCCUAAAAACAUUCUAACUCUGACUGGAUAAAAUACAAACUAUUUAAAGGAAAAACUAAAGUGUGUGCGUCCGUAUGUGUGUGAUAGCAAAUACAAGCACAUGUAGCUCCUCCUCAGAAACCUUUGCUUCUAUUUUGAUGGAUGGCGAUAAGUCAUCAGCUCACACUUGGUGAUUUUUCACACAGAGACAAUUUCCAUAUCAUUGGUUGUGAUAUUCAAGGUGUUUCAGCUCGUGGCCAGAAAGGCUUCUUGUAUUCGAGUCAGGGCUGUGUAAACCCUGAGCAAUCUUUCCUAAACCUGUCUGCACUCAUUAUGAGAAGGAUACUGUUUAUAAUGUUCCCCGUCAACGGACUGUUUGCAGGCUUUGUAGAGGCAAAUCAAGACUGCAGUUCCUGUUACCAGAUGGACAUUGGAGUGGCUGUGGGGAUCAUCACGUGUGAUAUUAUUGUCACGCUCCUCAUUGCUCUCUCCGUCUACUGUUUUGUUUCUCGCCAGAAAAAGAGAGGGAGUUUACAUGCACACGGCAGAUGCUGUAGCUCAGGCAAAGCAAAGCUUCAGCAGACAUCUAUGAGGGCAAAACCAAUUGAAGUAGAAUCACCUUACCAGGAGCUUUAUGGAGUGCAGUCAGACAUAUACAGUGAUCUUCAGCAGUAUCGGAAAUAAACAAGGUCACCUAACAUUAUCAAUGAACGAGUUGUGUUCACACCAAUAUUUGGAGAUUGCAUAGGUUCAUGACGGUUUCAUAUUGUGGCAUACAAAUAUGUAUUUGAUAUAAAUAAGCUAUAAUAAUUGAAUCAUGCAAAACAAUUUCCAUGAAUCAUCAUGAUUGGUACAUAUAAAAAUCAUCAAAAUAAAUGUUAAUGGUUUGUGGAAAGGAAAUGAUCUUCAGGAACUUGAAGAUUUAAUUCCACAUUUUAUUAUAGUUGUAAAAGUUUUUUUUUUUUUUUGUAUCUUUAUAUGUCAGUUUUGUAUUUAUUCAUAGUAUAUCUUUGUAUUGGAAGAUUCCCUUGCUCCUUAUGGUAAAAUAAAUGUGUUUGAUUUUAA